CGGAACGCGUAUAACCGCACGUUGGUGGCGUGCGCAUCCCCAACGGCAGCGACGUCGAGGUUCGGAUCCUCCGCGACGUCUUCCUCAAACUUAGCUUGCUUUAUUUCACUGGUUGCGCAAGCCUGAAGGACGCGUCGACAACGGCGAAUGAAAUAUACUUGGUAUUUACCAACGCUUGAAUUGAGCAAAAGCAUCCUACGCGAUCGAACGUGUCUCGAUGCGCGUUCGGAGUUCCGACAUGUCAUUGCCAAUCGCAUUCGCUCUAUUGCUCAUCGAGCGAUAAAUUCGGCCUUCAAAUUAUAUUUACGCAUUUACCUUUCGACGCCACGAGCACCAGUGGUACCUCGAUAUCUGUCUCAUUCUUCGAGUAUUCUUCACGAUUCUUCACAGUCACCUUGGCGUAAAAUUCAUCGAAUGGUUCGCGACUGGCCAAAGAUGGAAGGCUUUGGAUGACAUAAUACAUCUUUCUCGAUGCUUCCGGCCCCUCCGGUCUUCAAGUCCAUGUUACUCAGGUCCCUCUGCACUCAGCCAUCCCGUCAAUUCAGCAAGAUUUCCGGUCCAGCCUUAUCCACACUUGCUCACGGAAGUGUACGAGCGAACAUAAUGACCAAGUACAUUACUCCCGAUGUCUCUCGGUUGCAAUUGCUUAAUGAUCGAAAUUGUGUGCCUGCAGGAACUUGCCACUAUUAUCAAAAGUGACAAGGUCCCUCUAAAGGACUAUUUCAUCGUGGACGUCCGAGACGAUGAUUGGAGGGGUGGCAAUAUCAAAGGAGCGCAUAAUGCUCCGUCAUAUGAUUUCUUAAGCAAAGUCGAUGCUCUCGUCGAGCGAACGAAGAACGUCCCUUUAGUGGUGUUUCACUGCACGCUUUCACAAGUUCGUGGACCAAAAGCCGCAAGGAUAUACGCACAAACGCGUCAUAUUCUCCACACUUCAGCAGGCGAAGGUAGUGUUCACGAAGUAUGUAUUCUGCGAGGUGGCUUCCAAGACUUCCAGGCGAAAUUCAAGGACGACCCCGAUCUCGUCGAGAAUUGGGACCAGGAAGUCUGGGCCUCAGAAUGGGCAUUUUGAGACCUCAGGGGGAGCAUAUGUUUAUACAGAUAUCCAUUCACUUGCUUGAUGCAAGCGAUAAGUGUGAAGGAUGAUCUAGCUUUAUUACUAUUACCAUUGUAUCCAUAGAUCUAGAUGCGCUGCGAUAAAUGCUGGCGGCGUGUUGUGGGUAAUACCAUGUACAUGUGUACCUUAAGAAUCCCCUUCACAACACGCUUCGGGAAUAAAUAGCGAAGUUUGCCAGAUGCUGCAGGUCACUUGGUAUCCGAAGUGGAAGACUCUUCAGUACCCUUCACGAAUCGUUUUGGCAUUUGCUCAACAACUUGCUGUACUCGCAGGCGUUCUUGCAUGAGCGACUUCUGACAUAUUUGC